AAAUAUUAAAAUGUAUAACACUAUGGAUACAUUGGUGAUUUAUGAUUAAAUAUUGAUUUGUUAUACUGAGAUGAUGGACAAUUUGUCAGAUUCAUUCCGAGGGGAAUUGGAGUCUGUAACUUCCACAGACUCUCUUCAAUUGAUCAGUGAUGAAUUUCAUUUGCGACAUUUAUCCACACCCGAUGUCUCUAAUAUUGAGCUUUCUAAACGAGUGGGUCUAUUGGAGUUGGAGAAUGAACGACUGCGUGUCGAUCUAGAAAAUGUACGGAUUGAUCUAAAUGCUCGAAUUGCUGCAAAUCAAGGUCUCAAAGGCAAAAUAACUGAGCUAUUCGUGGAGAUGCAAACAGUACUUCAGGAUAAGCAGAAAUUACAAAACACAUUAACCGAUACCAAUAAUCGUCUGUCUGCUGCAGAAGCUUCUGCAAAAUGGUAUCAAUCUCAGGUACAUAUUUUGAUAGCCAGCAAAAAGAGUCUACAGGUGGAAAUAGAUACAUAUCAGAAUAUAUUGAAACAACGGCAGCAAGCAAUAGUAAAUAUAAAUACCAGUUAUAAAAAACUGAGUAUCGAAUACACUGAACUUAUGCAACAGUAUCAGAGGGAGAAACUAGAAAUGCUGAAUGCAAUAAAGGAUUUACAAUCGCAUAUCCGAUCUAUCAACACAGUACAAGAGACAGAUGAAAACUUGAUGGAAAGUCCGACAGAUAUGUCUAUGAUGUUGGAGGCGACCGAGGACGAAUUGCGAAACACUAAAACCGAAUUGAAAACAUUGGAACAACGCCUGCUAAACAACGAGGUAGCCAAAAUGUCAAUGGAGAACACGUUGAGUAAGCAACGCGUCCUGAUUUCGUCCAUGGAGGAAAACAUACAGAAAUGCGAGACAGAGAAAAACAAAACUGCCGACCUAUUACGGAAAACGCAGUUUGAGAUGCAGAAGUUGAGAUCUAAGAACGAGACACUUCAGACUUCGUUAUUAGCAUCUAAACGAGAACAGAGUCAAGUGGAAGACGCGAUAUCUCAUCUGAGAUUACAACUAACCAAAAUGAUUGCGCAAUACAAAUUAUUGAAAUCCAAAAAUGUGGAAUGUGAGGAGAAAUUAAGUACUAUGCAGGAUGUCGCAAAUGAGAAUAAACGUUUGAAAACAUUAUCGCAUAAGGCGAACAGCACACUCCUUAAAAAACUCAGAGAAGAAAAGGCUAAAAUAAAGAAUUUGGAACAGAAACUCCACUACAAACAGACAAAUGACCAACUUAAUAAUAUGAAAAACAAAACGGAACAUUCUUUGCGAGAAUAUCUGAAACAGAUUAUAUCAAAGAACAAGGAUUUGCAGGACCAAUCAAAAUCAGUAUCUAAAGUAACCGAUGAGAGUAUUGACGAAGGAUAUGGUGACAGUAAUAGUAUUAAUAUUUCUUCGAUCUCACUAGACAUGCCGUCGACAUCGCCGUCUCUUAUAAACUCAGUAUUACUAAAUAACGCUAAUGAUGUUCUCGCGCGAAGCAAAAACUUUGGUUCGUCGAUGCAAGAACAACUGAAUAUUUUACAAUCAAAGAUGGAGAUGCUUCGAAAUCAACGCAAUAUCGAAGAUACAUUGAACUAGCAAAA